AUGCUGGGCUUCGAGGUGUUGAUGGUGUGCAAGGCGCGCCAUUUGACUGUAGUGGGGUGCCAGGUGGUGCCGCUGUUGGUGGUGUGCAGCGUGAGCGCACUGCUGAUGCUGGGCUUCGAGGUGUUCGUGGUGUGCAAGGCGCGCCAUUUGACUGUAGUGGGGUGCCAGGUGGUGCCGCUGUUGGUGGUGUGCAGCGUGAGCGCGCUGCUGAUGCUGGGCUUCGAGGUGUUCGUGGUGUGCAAGGCGCGCCAGACGGCGCCCAGCCGGCGCCACCUCUUCCUGGGCCAGACGCUGCUGCUGGGGCUGCUGCUGUGCGCCGCCGUCGCCGCCGUCGCCGCCGCCACGCCCACCCCCGCCGUCUGCGCCACCAUCAGGAUGGGCGCGGGCGUGUCGUACGCGGUGGUGUUCUCGGCGCUGCUGGUGAAGUGCGUCUUCCUGAUCAGCCUGAACGGCGGCGUGUACCUGCCGGCGGCCUACCAGGCGCUGCUGCUGGCCUUCGCGGUGCUCACGCAGGUCGCCGUCGGCGUGCAGUGGCUGCUCGCGUCGCCGCCCGCCGCCGAGCUGCGCCCGCUGCCGCCGCUGCUGCACGGCGGCGGGGAGCGCUGGGUGUGGUCGUGCCGGUCGCCGUACGCGCACCUGGUGGCGUCGCUGUCGUACUGCGGCGCGCUGCUGCUGCUGGUGGCCGUGCUGGCCGUCAAGUCGCGCGCCAUCCGCGACAACUACCGCGAGGCCACGUUCAUCGGGCUGAGCGCGGGCGCCGCCGUGCUCAUCGCGGCCGCCUGGCUGCUGGCCGGCCUGCUGCUCGCCACGCCGCCCCAGCGCGACGCCUGCGUCGCCUUCGGCCUCGUCGCCACCGCCGCCGUCGUCUUCCUCGUCAUGUUCAUGCCCAAGGGCCGCCAGCUGGCCGCCAUGGGCCGCGACGGCCUGUACGCCGAGGACCGCGACGACCGCCUCAGCUCGCUCAGCAGGGCCGCCUCGCCCUCCUUCUUCCACUUCACGCCCGCGCACCACCCACAGCCGCCGCCGCCGCCGCCGCCGCACAAGGCGCCCGUGCCGCCCGGACUCACAGAUCAGGUGGCCGUGGUGGGGCAGGUGCCGAGCUACGCGCGGAUGCUGCACUACUACCCGUACUGCUACUACCCGCGCUACGCCUGCCCUUGCACGCCCGCCCCCGCGCCGGCGCCGGCGCCUCUCCCCAAUUCCGGCGACCAGUACCACGCCGGCGCCGCCCCGCGCUGGAAGAGCGGGCUGUACCUGAAGCCGGACGACAGCAACCUGUACACGACGGUCGAGCCGACGCUCUCCAGCAACCCCAACGUGUUCUUCCAGCGCAGCGGGCUCCACCCUGGCCUCAUCUACUAACACAAGUGCAGAUUACGGCCCGUCGCAGCUGCCAGUCAUACGAAAGGACUCGCGGACUGAAACUACUGAUUUCCUACUGUAUACCGUCCCUGAAACUUGGCCAGUCCUUUACAAAGAAGCUUUGUCACCCAGAAUUAGGUU